AUGGCGGAACCGACCAAUCCCCCCGAGCAAUCACACCUGCCCAACGCCUUCGUUCCGGGCACCUUGAUUGCCAACUCGGUCGCCCAGGCCCGCCACGUCGAUCCGGCCAAAGUCUCAAACAAGCACUAUCCCCCCGGCUUCAAGGAGCGCUGGAUGGAGGCGUACCGCGGGAACCCGGACGUGGAGCACAUCCAGCUCUCGUCGCGAGUCAAGCCGCGGAGGUGGAGGCACGCGUGCAAGUCGCCCGGGAUCAACCACGUGGUCGACCUCGUCCCGGCCGACGGCGUCUUCCGCGAGGGCAUCACCUGCCCCUACCUGGGUUGCGGCUACGUCACCGACGCCGACACGCCGCUGGUCAACGGCAUCGGCGACCCGAUCGAGACGAUGAGGGGCCUCAACCUCAUCGACGGCGUCGGCCCCUUCAACCGGUUCUGGCGCUACUGGUUCGAGUGCUGCCGCUGCACGCGGUGGAAGUCCAACGACCUGCUCAAGAUCGGCGACUGGCGGAGCCGGCGCAAGGCCGUCCCCGACGACAACUGCGAGCACUGCGGCGUGUAUGUCGAGAUCGACUGCGACUACUGCGUCUCGUACAACUUCUACAAGGAGCCCGUCGAGUUCAUGGACGGCAAGCCUUUCCCCUUUGGCGCCGUCUGGAGGCACAAGGAAGUGGGCGGCGGGAAAUUCCACAUCGUUGAGGACUCUGACGCUGGCGGCUGGAGAAUCCUGAGCCGCUAUCCGCAUGGCCGCGGAAGUUGGACGGGCAGCGAAGACUGGAGAUUGGAAAGGAUCAAGAAACCCGAGUCACUCUUCUGA